AUGGCGGCACCGGACGAUACUGUCGAGGUCGCGCGUAACGGCGAUGUGAUCCUCGUCUGCGGAGGCGGCGACAGCGUCGGCAAGAUGUAAGUUCCCGCAUGCACCGACGAUUGAUCUCACAUCAGACUGACACUCACAUAGUAUCAAGAUCGUCGCCUCUUCCGCCAUACUCAGUCAAGGCUCGAGCGUCUUCGCCUCCAUGCUCUCGCCGCACUUCAAAGAAGGCAGCACGCUUUCUCGCGACUCUCAGGUCACCGUCCCUUUCCCCGAAGACGACCCAGACAGCAUGGUCGUCCUUUGCAAGGUUCUUCACAUGCGUUACAACAUGAAGAUUGAGAAUAUGUCUCCGAGCGGAAUUCUUCAACUGGGAGUUGUAGUCGACAAGUACGACUGUCUGGUAGCCAUGAGCGCUCUACCGUACUACUGGAUCAACAAGCAGUCGGCACGCACGGACGGGCACUCACGCGCCAUGCUAUUCGUGGCAAGCUUUCUGUUUAAGGAGCCAGAGACGUUCCAGCGGCUAGGAUAUGACCUACAGAUGAACACUGUCGAAUCCGCUGAGAUCGAUUUGAAGGCGGAGCACCAUCCCGACACUACCGGAAAGCUUCUUGGUAAGUGCAUACUUUCAAUAUCCCAGCAAGCAUGUGCUGAGUAAACGCAGACCAGCUCCAGAAUAAUCGCAAGACUCUCGCCAAGGUUCUCACGGACACCAUCGAAAAAUCGAUGUUUCGCGAGUGCAAUGGCUACAAUUCGAGUGUGGAAGGCUGCCAACCUGGCUGCCGGUAUUUGAGUUUGAGAGGAGUCUCCUUCGUCCGUCGCCUCGAAUCCUCCAAGAUUCCUCCCGUGGGCACCAUCUCGUUGCGGCAACUCGGAGCUAUAUGCGACGAGCUGCGCAAGUUUGGAACGGGAUGGAUUAGCCAGGACACCACCUGUUCGCCCCGAUAUCCUAAAAGAUGUGUUGGAGCGAUCAUGACCACGACAUCCGAAGUCGCGAACAUGUUCCGAGCCAGGGCAGACGAGGUCGAACGGAGCGUCAUCCGACCUUGCCUCGAAUGUGUUGUUGCCGGCGAUUGCGAGCAGCCAGUCGUGAAGUGCAACAAGGGGCAUGCAAUCUGGGUUUGA